CUCAAGUAGUGCAGACUCAAAUCUUGAUUUCUAGCCAUUGACUAGACUAUACAGAAGCAGCAAGAGUUCUAUUAUCCAUGGAUUCCUCCACAAUUCUCCAACUUCCUCAGCUCUUCUCUAUUCUGCCAAAACCCCAGAGAGUAAGCAGAGCUUAUCCUUUUAAGCCAUGGAAGAAAAGGACUUCCCAGCCCACUCGUUUCCAAUGCCAAAAGAUGUACGUCCCUGGACUUAUGCUAAUUUGUUUGUUGCAGGAUUUGGAGAAGCAUCUCCAGAGGCCAAAGCAAGCAACAACCUCCACAAUUUCUUCACAUACAUUGCUGUUAGUAUUGUCACAGCUCAGCUUCAGAGCUAUAACCCUGAGGCAUAUGAGGAACUGAUGGAAUUCUUGGGUAGACACUCUUUGAAUGAUGGGGAUAAGUUUUGUGCCGACUUGAUGCGAGAAUCUUCGCGGCAUAAAACUCUAGGUACGCUAGCAACAUUUUUUCUAUAUUUAUUGUAAGAAAUUUUCUUUGGAAAGUGUGUCUGUUCUGAUGAGAAAUCCAAACCACAGGUUUUCACCUGUGUAGUUAUAAUUGUGUGAGUGAAACUUAUUCAGGCUGUCUUGCUAGAAACCUUAGGUAUGUAAUGCUUAGAAGAUUGGGGAAUAAAGUGAGAAUCAGGUCAAACUCUAGGAGAUGAAAGAGCAAUUAAACCUAUUACAUAAGAGUUAACAUGGCAAUUUAGUGUUUCUUAUGCCUGUUGAUGUUUGAUUUUAAAAGUUAGAUAUUGAAAUUCUGACUUUGAGAAUGUGCUCUUGUUUGAAUUUGUGGCAAUUACUGUAUGGUAUAUGACUCCCGCUUUGCAGCCUUGCGCAUAUUAGAGGUUCGAUCUGCAUAUUGCAAGAAUGAUUUUGAGUGGGACAAUCUAAAGCGGUUAUCAUUUAAGAUGGUAGAUGAAUCUAACACAAGACUUAUGAGGGAUUAUGUCUUAGAAACUAGUCAUGAGGAAAGAGAAAAGUGAUCUUUGCGACAUUCUUGUGUGAUGUAAAAUAUUUGAUUUAGUGAUUUGUAGAACUCACAACAAAAUUACUUAAUAGCGUAUACCUCUCAAUUUUAAUGCAUCAUCUGAUGAAUGUGCU